GAGGAAGGAAGAGACGAGCAAGAGCGCUGAGCUCGUUCAGAUUUAAUACACAUCUAUCCAUCGAUUGGCUUGUAAGAAUCGAGCAGGAGCUGGAGAACUUGACUAGGAUCACUGCAAGGGCCAGUGGAAGGCAGCGAGCCAUCGUUGGAGCUUACGAAUUCUCAGAGGCUUCGAUUGCUGACCAAUCAUGUCGUCUGAGUUCCCAUGGGUGAGAGGAGGAGGUGCCGCUGAGCCUCUGCCGCAUGCUCGGCAACUGCCAUCCUUGGAUGCGUCGGAAACAGAAGGGAAGAAGAAGAGCAGGAGGAGACGAGAGAAGCACCACGAGGGCAAACAGGAUGAAAAUCUUCCGGAAAGAACUUCUUCUUCGACAAAUAAGGCUCAAGAGACGGACGAUACUUCGAACUUGGAUCACGAACACAAGGCUGACGAGGACAAGGGGAGGAGACGAGGAAGACACCGACAGGAGGGAAAAGCAGCAAACAUGCCCAAGGAUGAGCACGAACAAACUGCGGCAAAAGACACCGAGAUAUCUGCUGAUGAAGCAUCUCGAGUGAAGGAGGAGGAAGGCAAGCAGGCCUCUGCUCGAGAACAGGGCGAUACCAAGGCUGGUGCUCAGGCAAGUGCAGAAGCAGUUGGAGGGUCAAGAAGCCGGGGGAGGAAUGCUGAGAGAGGCCACGCGGAAUCCUUCACUCUCCCGCAUGUGAGCCCAGAAGAUCUGAUGAACGAGCAAGACGUCAGCAUCCCGGUAGCUCCAUGUUCCAAGCUCUGCAAGCGGUUAAUGCGACACCAGGUCUUGGGAGGCAAAGAAGAAGACUCCGCCAUGCAGGGGAAGACCGAUGUUUAUGUCGAGGCGACCGGGACUGGAGUGAUGGAAGCUGAUCUUGGAUCCCUUUGCUCACUCUUGCCAAGGCAUGGGCGAGACAAGAACCUUGAAACUUGCCUCGACUUGAUCGCUGCCCUGAUCGCCUCAAGUUUCAUAUUCUGCCAGAGGGCCUUCUUGUUUCUGUCUUCUGUUGCAUUGGUUGGAGCUCUGGACAAGUUUUCAAAGGAUCAGAUGGCUGGUUGGAUGCUUCGUGGAAGGUACCAAUUCUGGCUCGACAUGUUCUUGAUUGCGUCCUACACCAUCUGUUUCAUCACCAACCUUGUCUGCACGCCUUUGGAUGACGUGCUCACGAGCUCAUUCCUGCGAUCUCCCGAGUGGUACAAGUGGACUCUAGGUGAAGAGUUCCAGGCCAAGUUCACUCAAUGGCGCACUGCCCACAUCAUGCGCAGUCUCUUCGGUCUGUUCGGAUGGGUGAUCAACUCGCUCGAGACUCGCAACUACCUCAACAAUGCUCCCAACAAGCCGCUCAACGACAUCUACGAGAAGUUGUUUGGGAAGCACGCUGAGGGGCGAACAUGA